AUGGCGAAAAGGACAAAUUUCGGAUUGAGCUGUUGUUCAAUAUCGUCUAUCCCGUUAGACUAUGAAGAAAAUAAACUGAAAAUAAUUGAAAGUAUAAAAAAAUGUAAAGAAUUAAAAUGCAGUGUUAGAAUAGGAGGUGAGUUAGAACUAUGUGGUGUAAAUUGCAAAGAUAGAUUUAAAGAAAUUGAAGAUAUUCAUGAAAAUUGUUGGUUCUAUUUAAGUCAAUUGUUGAAGGAGAAAUAUGAGAAUAAUGUUUUAACACAUAAUAUUUUAUGCUUUGUUAGUAUGCCUGUAUAUUUUAAGAAGCAUCUUUACAAUUGCCAAGUGGUAAUAUAUAACAAUGAAAUUAUUUUUAUAUCCCCGAAGCAGACAUUAAAUGAUGAAGAGAAAAAAUAUUUUGCUUCAUAUUCGGAGUCUGAUAAUGAUGAACAGAAGGAGAAAAAUAAAAACCAUACUACCAAUUCUAAUUACAUAAAAUUUACCAACUCGAAUGUUAAGAUAAUUGGGAAGAAUUUUGAAACUUUUCCUCUGCCGAAUUGCAUCCAAGAGGUAAUAAACCAAAAGGAAACCUACAUAGGAAAUGGAUUCAUACAAUUUGGGAGUCUUACAAUUGCUCAUCUGUUCUUGGAUGAUUUGAUAAAAGUAGAGAGAAAUGUAGUAAUAGAUGAAAGGAUUUCACAUUUCAACCGUUAUGGUUCUACGUAUUUGGUUAAGAAGCAAGAAUGUGAAAAUGGAAGUGGCAUUGGAAGUGGCAGUGAAAAUGCACACUUGGGGAAUAUUUACCCCUUCGAUCAGGAACCUAUCAAAUUGAGUCUGAGUAAAAAUAUAGCACUCAACAAAGUCGAUAUUCUGCUUAUUAGUGGGUACAUAUGGAACGAGUUGCAAUUGUUUAAAAAAUAUAUGAUCCAUAUGAUGGAGAUAACGAAUGUAUACCCGCAUAUGGUUCUAAGUUAUAAUUCGAAUUCUGGAUGUGAUAAUUAUUUUUGCAAGUUCGAUGGAUUCUCAUUUGUGAGUCAGAAUAAUGAAAUUUUGACAAAGAACGCAAGGUUUACAUUUGACGAAGUGCAGGUAGCUUCAGUGAGCGUUUCACUAGACGGAGUCAGCCAUAACAUAGAUGUGUCAAAAAAGGAAGAAGAUCCCAUCUCAUCCGCUGGAAGUGCAAAGAUGAAUCAUUCAAUAGUAAAAAUUGAGAACUUAUACACAAGCAGAACGGAUGAUUAUAUAGAUAGAGACGCUGUAAAAAAUGAAGAAUGUAUUUUUUCUUACAAUAAAGACAUCGAUUUGUGUAUAAAAUAUUCGAAGGAUGUUAUUUUGAAUUAUCUCCCUCAGAAUUUUAAUUGGCAGAUAUACACAAGGAAUAACCAACUGUUAUUCAAACUGUUUAAGAAUUAUCACCCGAGUCCUGAUGAAUACCAUUACAAAUUUGCGAAUCAGAUGUGUGAACUGCAUAAUAUAUAUGAAGAGUUAAGUUUUAACAGCGCUUUAUUUUUAUGGCAUAUUUUACAUCUAACAAAUGCAAAGGGGUUCAUGCUUGCCUUAUCAGGUGGAGUUGAUUCAGGUUUUUGCGCAUGCAUGGUGUAUAUUUUAUCUAUAAUGAUUGAAAUGCAUAUGAAAAGUGGUAAUGUUCAUGGGAUACAUAAUUUUGAUUCAUCUUCUCAAUGUCCCAUGAUUAACCCUAUUGAUUGUAGCCACCAAGACAAUUUCAACAAUAUCCGUUUUUUGAAAAAAAUAAGAAAGUUACUAAUCAAUGAAGCAUGUAGAAAAAAGAUAUGUAACAAAUUACUUAACACACUCUCUCUCCCGUCUAGAAAUAGUAGUAAAAAUACCAUGUCUUAUGCAGAAGAGUUAAGUAAAGCAAUAAAUUCGAACCAUACAAUUUAUUGCAUAGAUAAUAUAUUUGAUUUUUUUAAAAAUACUGGAAAUAAUUUUCUAAUGGAAGAAAUGAAAUUUAAAAGUGAAGGUGGAAGCAUGUAUCAAGAUUUAUGUUUACAAAAUAUACAAUCAAGAUCAAGACUUUUAAUGGUAUAUUUCUUUAGUACUUUGAUAUGUCACAAGAGAUAUUAUCCUCUAAAUCUUCAUAACGAAUUUUUACUUACAAUAGCUACAGGUAAUUUGGAUGAGACAAUAACUGGUUAUUACACGAAAUAUGAUUGUUCAUCUGGAGAUGUAAACAUCAUAGGAAAUGUUAGUAAAAUUUUAAUUAAAGAAACAAUAUGUUUACUAGCAAAUGAUCCAACGUACAAUUUAACAAUUUGCAAUUUCAUCAAUCAGUUUCAUCCAUCAGCUGAACUGAAACCCCUAGAUAAUAAACAAACAGAUGAAGAUGAAUUAAACUUGAAAUAUAUCGAAAUCAAAUUGUUGACUAUAUUAAAAAAUAAUUUCUUCUUGGGUCCAUUUUCUAUGUUCCAUUAUAUAUCCAAGUACUUCUGGACGAGCACUAUGAUGUCGAAAGCUGAUAUAUAUAACAAAAUAAAAGCAUUUUUUUUAAGAAAUAUUCAUAAUACUCACAAAUUGUUCAUCCUUCCUCCAUCCCUCGUGGGUGAGUGCUGUGGUAUGCAUACCGGAUCCUUUGCCAACUUUGCACUUAUGAAUUUGGAAGCACUUGGAUGCGCUUCGAAUCAAGGAGGAAAGAAAUAG